CGUUGCAAUCGAGCACACUUCGACCUGAACCAGAUAAAGCUGCGUGGAGCUUGAACAACUUCAUUCAUCAACACAGAGGCUUUCAUUUCAUGACCAGAGAAGAAAUCGUGUCAAGUGGUCAUUGUCGACAUUGCUGGAACCUUAUAUCGUGGCUGCAGACGAAAUGUAGUGUGACAAGCGGGUGAUAAUGGAGGAACGAGUUGGAAUGUUGCUACUCCCCUGCUUACUGUGUGUAAUCAUCAGCAUGGGAGAGUGUUCAAUCGAACGCUCGCUCUUCACUUCAGCAUCUAAACAUCUGGCCCCGCGGGUUAAAAGACAAGCUUCUGGAGUUGCACAUGUACCCAGUAUAACUGAUUUCUGUAUCAGCUCUCGGGUUCAGUCGAGAUUUGCUACUGUCAAAAUAUCCAGUGCUAUUUUGAAUCCAAAGACCGACAGCACAGAAGCAACUUUCUCUGUGCAGAUACCAGAAUCGGCCUUUAUAUCAAAUUUCACCAUGAUAAUUGAUAACAAGAUUUAUGUAUCUAAGGUAUAUAAGAAGAAAGAAGCUCAGACAAAGUAUGCCAAGGCUAAAGAAGAGGGGAAGACGGCGGGACAUAUUAGGCACGAUUCUACAGAUUCAGCUCGUGGGAUGGACAUAUUUUCCACAUCGGUCAACGUUGCUGCCGAGAGCGAGGUCUUCGUCGAACUGACGUACCUCCAGUUGCUGGAGCGACGGCUGGGUUUAUAUGAACAGAGGAUAAUGGUCCAACCCAGGCAGAUUGUGGACAACUUGACCCUGAAUCUUAUCUACGAAGAGGGUCCUCAAUAUUUUGACAGAUUUACCUACCGGGCCCCCAACAGUAAUGACGUCAUGGAUGCGUCGUCAGAACAUGCGACUCUUAUCGCAUCUCUGUCCAGGCGACAGGUCACGUACAAUCCUCCUGUGACUAGACAGACCCAAGUCAACGCUGACAAAGGCAUUGAUGGCGAGUUUGUUGUGUCCUAUGAUCUGAAGCAUGGAUUUGAUGGAGGCAACAUCAUCUCAGCUCUCAAUAAUGAUUAUUUUGUUCAUUAUUUUGCUGUUGACAAAUCUGACGAGUUGCCACCCGUCCCGAAAAAUGUAAUAUUUGUUAUUGAUGUGAGCGGAUCAAUGGGUGGCAGAAAAAUUCAACAAACUCGUGAUGCAAUGAAACAGAUUCUCCUGCAGUUAAAUGGACAAGAUUAUUUUAACAUAUUGCUGUUCAGUAGUGGUACUGUCGCAUGGCAAACGGAACCUCUUCAAGCAACCCAAAACAAUAUUCGACGUGCUACAGUGUAUGUUGACGCCAAGGUUCAAGCUGGGGCAGCCACAAAUAUAAAUUCUGCUUUGGUUGAUUCCAUGAAAAUCGUUUUCAGAGAUACGAGAAAUAGGAACAAAGCUGCCAUCGUCGUCUUUCUGACGGACGGCCAGCCAACUUCUGGUGAGACUGUAGAAUCCACAAUUCGUGUUAAUGUCCGACGUAAUAACGUUUACAACAGGGUCGCCUUAUUCUCACUAGGAUUUGGUUCAGGUGUGAAUUACAAUUUCCUGCAGGAGAUAUCGUGGGAGAAUGGAGGCUUUGCGAGACGUAUUUAUGAAAAGGAUGAUGCAGCGGAACAACUGACGGAUUUCUUUAAAGAAGUGAACAUCCCAUUGCUCCUCAAUGUGAAGUUUCAGUAUAACACCAACCAGGUGGACACUUCAAAGCUGACUCGAACAACAUACAAUCAGUUCUUCUCUGGAACAGAAGUGGUGGUUGUGGGGAGGAGACUAGGUGAUGACAUAGACGCUACUGUGCAAGGUUCUACGGCCACUGCUAAAACUGUUCAUCUUGUAGUUCCUGAGGCUUCAAAGAAACGUCUGUCUGGACCCUCUGGAGAGUUUACCGAGAAGCUGUGGGCGUAUCUGACCAUCAAGGACUUGUUGAAGAAGAAGGCAAUAGCCACCUCUAUGGAGGAAGGUGAGGUACUGGAAGCUCGUGCACUCAACAUGUCAUUGACGUAUGGGUUUAUCACUCCUCUGACCUCGUUCGUAGUUGCACAGGAACAGCCAGUUGAAGAAGAUUACGCGUACGACAGGUUUAAUGCAUUGCCAACUAAUCAAGAUUUCCAACUUAGAAAGCGUUACGUCAUUCCAGCAUCAGAAAGUGCAGCACAAGCACCAGCGUCGUGUUCGGCAUUCGUGCACGUGGCUGUUAACGUAGUGAUGGUGAUUGUCAGUUUUCUUUGCUGCCUACAAUGCGUCAAUACGGAUUACAAAUGUGCGUGAUACAAACUGAAUUUUUGCUCCAACAUUGAGCAAAUCGUGUUCAACGAGUUCAACUAGUAGUAGUACAUUUUCUGACUUUGAUAUCUGUAAUCAUCAGCUGUGUAACAUUCAAGCUGAUUUUGACGAUGGUGACAUUUUAAGGACAUGCUGGAACAAGGACACCUGCUUCGUUGGAACAUGAUGUUGACAACAUGUGCAAGUCAAUCUUUAGAUUGUGUUGUGCGGGUUAAUGUUCGUACUUUCAUAAUUUGUUGACACUAGUUUGAAAUGAGUGUUUUAGUGGGGGUGUUAUGUGCAAUAUUUCAGUAAUACAACGUCGUGUCCGCAGAUGAUGCAGUUCGUAGAAAUUUACCCACCCAAAUUAAACCCACUUGCUGUCAAACCUGGCUGAUCCUGAUAUGUGGAUUGACAGGUUGAUUUUCUUUUUUUAAACGUCGUACAAGCUAAGGAGUUAGCCUUACCAUUGUUGGGUGGAUACCAAUACAUAUACCCGUGACUUGAUUGUUUACAUCUUCUUGUAUGUUCAGUAUUUAUGUGUGCCUUUCUUGCUGAUCUUGUCGACAGACCCAAAUGCACAUUGUCAUGAAAUGCACAUCUCAAAUAAGUAUCGUUGAGUUUAAAUGGACCGAUGUUUAUCCGAAUGCAAUAGUCAUAUUUGAUAACUGUAAAACGUGACCUGAAUGAAUGAAUGUCAGUAAGAUAAAUUCGUUGUCGACCGAACUCGAGGGAGCCGUCGGGUUCGAGGUACCCAGGGUACAUCACAUUAUAUACCCCUCGAGGUCGGUUGACAACUUAUAAUGUAACUUGGGAAGCAUAGAAGAUGAAUUUCAUGUGAGAGAGAGAGAAAAUACAAAAGUCGAAAGAUAAGCUGUAUCAUUUACUCAACCGAUUUCACGAAUGUGGUUAUAUAUAUAACCCUUCGCUUAAAAUAUGCAUCUGUGUAGUCCUCUAAAUACUACAAAUUAUUAUGUUAUGAGAUAUGUUGCUGUUCAUCAUGUUCGAUCUACGUUAAUAUAAAAAAAUUCUAUUGACGCUGUCAUACGACAUUUUAGACUGUUGUAUGGCAAUUGUACUAAAGGGUCGUGUGGCCCAAACUAUUGACUAAUA